GAGGAAACGAAACAGGCGGGAACCGGUGGGGGAGGGAGGCAACGAGCGGAAGGUGUCAUGGCGGCCGCGCUCUGCGGUCACGUGUCCCGCAAGCCCCCGCCUUAGCACUUCCGGUCACGUGCCUUCAGAGACCUCGCAGCCAGCGAUGGAGGCGAGACCCCCCAGUAACAGAGGCGGUGGCGACGGCUGCAGCCGCUGGGUUUCAACCUCUUUACAGCAGCGGCUGUAAGAAGCGCAGCGGAGCGCGACCCAGUCCAACUCAGUUACCCCCUGCCGGAGGCUGUACCUUCCACCCGCACCUUACAGCCAUCAUGGCGACCUCAUCUGAAGAAGUUUUGCUGGUUGUAAAGAAGGUGCGUCAAAAGAAACAGGAUGGCGCUCUGUACCUCAUGGCAGAAAGAAUUGCUUGGGCACCGGAAGGCAAAGAUAGAUUUACAAUCAGCCAUAUGUAUGCAGAUAUUAAAUGCCAGAAAAUCAGUCCAGAGGGCAAAGCUAAAAUUCAGCUUCAGCUGGUCCUUCAUGCAGGGGACACAACAAAUUUCCAUUUUUCCAAUGAAAGCACAGCAGUGAAAGAGCGUGAUGCAGUAAAGGACCUUCUUCAGCAGCUGCUGCCCAAAUUCAAGAGGAAAGCAAAUAAGGAACUGGAAGAGAAAAACAGAAUGCUGCAAGAAGAUCCUAUUCUGUUCCAGCUUUAUAAAGACCUUGUUGUGAGUCAAGUGAUCAGUGCUGAGGAAUUCUGGGCCAGUCGUUUAAAUGUGAAUGCAGCGGGUAGUUCUUCCACCUCCAAUCACAAGCAGGAUGUUGGCAUUUCUGCAGCAUUUCUGGCUGACGUCCGGCCCCAAACAGAUGGCUGUAAUGGUUUGAGAUAUAAUUUAACUUCUGAUAUCAUUGAGUCCAUAUUUAGGACCUAUCCAGCAGUAAAAAUGAAAUAUGUAGAAAACGUUCCUCACAACAUGACAGAAAAGGAAUUCUGGACACGUUUUUUCCAGUCCCAUUAUUUUCAUAGGGACCGGCUAAAUACAGGGUCAAAGGAUCUCUUUGCAGAAUGUGCCAAAAUAGAUGAAAAAGGGUUAAAAACAAUGGUUUCAUUAGGAGUGAAAAACCCACUACUAGAUUUGACAGCUUUGGAAGAUAAACCAUUAGAUGAGGGCUAUGGCAUUUCAUCUGUGCCCUCUACUUCCAAUUCUAAAUCCACCAAGGAGAGUAGUAACACUGCCAUCAUCAAAAGGUUCAACCAUCACAGUGCCAUGGUCCUGGCAGCGGGUCUCAGGAAACAAGAAGCACAAAAUGAACCAAAUGGGGAGCCCAACCGCAUGGAUGGAAGUUCUGGAGAUGGAGACUCCUUUCAGCCGACAGUCAAAAGGGCAAAGUUACAAGAAUCCAUUGAAUAUGAAGAUCUGGGAACAAAUAAUUCCGUAAAAACGAUUGCACUAAACCUCAAGAAGUCAGAUAGGUAUUACCAUGGUCCAACUCCAAUCCAGUCAGUACAGUAUGCAACAAGUCAGGACAUUAUUAAUUCUUUUCAAAGUAUUAAACAAGAAAUGGAAGCUUAUACACCCAGGUUAACUCAGGUUCUCUCAAGUAGUGCUGCUAGUAGUACUAUCGCAGCACUGUCACCUGGAGGAGCACUUAUGCAGGGAGGGACACAGCAAGCCAUAAACCAGAUGGUGCCAAAUGAUAUUCAGUCUGAAUUGAAACACUUGUAUGUGGCUGUUGGAGAACUUCUUCGGCAUUUCUGGUCCUGCUUUCCUGUGAAUACACCAUUCCUAGAAGAAAAGGUAGUGAAAAUGAAAAGUAAUUUGGAACGAUUCCAAGUUACAAAGCUUUGCCCAUUCCAAGAAAAAAUUCGGAGACAGUAUUUAAGCACAAACUUGGUAAGUCAUAUAGAAGAGAUGCUGCAGACGGCCUACAACAAGCUCCACUCGUGGCAGUCACGGCGCAUGAUGAAGAAGACGUGAGGUGUCUGUGGCGCUCACAGGUUGUGUGACAUGGCGAAAACUGUGACCUGCGGGACUCUGGAAACCUGGCCUGACAUGCAGGUGACCACCAGGGAGUAACGAGAAACAUCUGCACCGCACCAACUCCCAGAGCUGAUGCUAUUGUACUUGCACAUUGAGAACUGAGAGGAAGGAAGGGACCGUGCUUCCGCUAAUCUCUGGGGAGGUAAAUUAAGGCAGAACCAAAAUGAGCUGAGUUGCAAAUAUAUAUGUAUAUGUGUGUACAUGUAUGUGUGUACAUGUAUAUGUAUUUAAAGACUGUUUACUGCAGUUACUCAGGAACUGCUUUUGAUUCACAUUAAGCUGCUUUCAGAAAUAUAAAAAAAAAAAAAACACUUUUUUAAAGGGUGCAUUAAAAAAAUCUGAGGUU